UCGAUGGUUGCCACUGUCGACUUUCGUAGUUUCGACAGUUCAGCAUCCUGAUCAGUUUUCACGGUGAUUAUAGUGAGCAAGCUUUAUUGAUAGUUUUGAAAAAUUUGCACAACGAAGGUGAAGGUGUUCAUGUAAAAGAUUACCAAGGGAUAUAAAUCAAAAGAAAAAAAAUGAUGUUGAGUCUUUGCCGUCAAGCGUUAAUAGUUAACAGUCAAAAAGUUAGUACAAGAUGCUUAGGAACAAUAGUACCAAUACCAAAUCCUAUUGAAUUUCCCUUGGAAAAUGAACCUGUUCUUAGCUAUAGGAAAGGUAGCCCAGAAAGGGCAGAGUUAGAGAAGGCAUUGGAUAAAAUGGCUAAUGAAUGUGAAGAAAUACCUCUUGUUAUCGGAAAUGAAGAAAUUAAGACAGAUUUGUGUAAAUAUCAAGUUAUGCCACAUAAUCAUAAAAUAAAGGUUGCAAAAUAUUAUUGGGCAACACCUGAUCUAGUCAAAAAAGCAAUAGAUGUUGCUGUGAAAGCUCAACGUGAAUGGGAAAAAUGUCCAUUCGAACAGCGUUUAGAAAUUUGGUUGAGGGCAGCUGAUUUGAUGGCUGCAAAGUACAGGCAACAAUUAAAUGCUGCCACAAUGCUUGGGCAGAGCAAAAGUGUUAUACAAGCAGAAAUCGAUAGUGCAGCAGAAUUAAUUGAUUUUUUUAGAAUGCAUGGAUAUUUUGCUAAAGAAGCUUUAAAAUAUCAACCAAUUUCACCCAAUUCUAAAGAAACAUUAAAUUCAAUGAGAUAUAGGGGGAUGGAUGGUUUUGUUGCAGCUGUAUCACCAUUCAACUUUACUGCCAUUGGUGGUAAUCUUAGCUAUACACCUGCUUUAAUGGGCAAUGCAGUACUUUGGAAGCCAUCUGAUACAGCUUUACUUUCUAAUUGGUGGAUUUUUAAGAUAUGCAAAGAAGCUGGUGUACCACCAGGUGUAGUUAAUUUUGUUCCAUGCAAUGGUCCUGAUUUUGGUGAUACUAUAACUGCUUCACCUUACUUGUCUGGAAUUAAUUUUACCGGAUCAGUUCCAACGUUUAAUCGUUUGUGGAUGCAAAUUGGUAAAAAUUUGGGAAAAUAUAAGAACUAUCCGAAAUUAAUAGGCGAAUGUGGUGGUAAAAAUUAUCAUUUUGUACAUGCGAGCGCUGAUGUGGAAUCAGUUAUUAAUGGGACCAUAAGAAGCGCUUUCGAAUUUAAUGGUCAGAAAUGUUCAGCUUGCAGUAGAAUGUAUAUUCCAGAAUCAUUGUGGCCACAGAUAAAGGAGGGUCUUCUAUCGAUUCGUGACACACUUAAGAUUGGCGACGUCAGAGAUUUCACCGUGUUCACCGGGGCUGUCAUAGAUGCUGUUGCAUUCAAAAGAAUUUCUGGUUACAUCGAACAUGCUAGAAAGUCAUCAAAUCUAGAAAUUAUUGGCGGUGGAAAAUAUGAUAAUUCACUUGGGUAUUUCAUUGAUCCAACGAUAGUAGUAACAAAAGAUCCUAAAGAUAAGAUAAUGACAGAAGAAAUAUUUGGCCCUGUGUUAACAAUAUACGUUUAUAAAGAUUCAAAUCUCGACGAAACCAUGAAACUGGUAGAAUCCUCAACACCGUAUGCUUUAACUGGAUCGAUAUUUUCACAAGACGAAAAAUGGGCAAAAAGAGCUCUAGAGGAAUUUAAAUACACAGCUGGUAAUUUCUAUAUUAACGACAAAUCGACUGGUUCUGUUGUCGGUCAGCAGCCAUUUGGUGGCAGUCGAAUGUCUGGAACAAACGAUAAAGCUGGAGGUCCCCACUACGUUCUUCGUUGGGCAUCGCCACAGUCAAUCAAAGAAACGUUCAUUCCUUUGCGUGAACACAGUUACGCGUACAUGAGGUCUUAAAUGUAACGUACGAAGAAGAUGAACACAAGAUCAAAUAAUAUUUGUAAACUACUUUCAAAGUAGUCCCAAUAUAAACAAAAGUCCACCUUAAUAUUUGCUGCCAAUAGAUGAAACUAAUGUUCUGCAAGUUGCAGUGUAUAGAGUCUAUAUUAUUAAGAUCAAGUUUCAGUACAAUAAUAUUUUAAUAUCUCAGGAAUUACCAUAUGUGGUUGCAAACAAAGAGGCAUUUCUUUUGGUCGUACAUUGCAGUGAUACAUGAAAUUUUAUAACAAUAUUAUUCAGGUAUGGUGAUCAAGAUACAUAAUAUCUGGAGGUGUGUUUGAAGAUUGUGAUGAAUGCGUACUAGUUAGAAAAACCGUUUGCUGUGUUUUUCUGACCUCACUUUUUUAUAUUCUUAUAUAGAUCAUUUACAAUGGCUGAAAUUACGUUAUAAACGCGCAGCGUAAAUAUUCAUUUUACUGUGUAAUUUACAAGACAAUAUGUAGACGCGGGACGAACACAGUAAAAUGCAAAAGUUACCCUUAAAUUGUGUUGUCAAGCCUGAUCGUCGAUCGUUUAGGCAUGUUAUUGUUAACAGUGUGAUUGAGACAAAGCAUCUUGCAAAUCGAACAAUGAUUAUUAAUUAAAUAUACAGUAAUAUGUUAGAUGUUGUGGCUGAUGUUAUGAUGUAAUUUAUUUUAAGUGUACCAUAGCAAUAAAAUACUAUACAAUUAGA